CUUCAUUCACGACCACAGUGUCAACGAAAUGGUCAAGUGGAAUAUAGUGACUAGCGUUAAUUCAGGUUGCAUGGUUGUGAAGAUUCGCCUUUAGUUGUGUUCUAUAGUUAAGAAUGUCCUCACUAGCGAAGGCGAAACGUUCACAACGGCCGUACCCUGGUGUGAGCGAUUUGAGUUUCCGUGAAAAAGUGUCUUAAGCACUGGUGGUUUUUAGGUAUCUGGCUGUGUUGCCCAGACAUGGAUUCCGCGACGCGGCCAUCGGCGACCGCGAACGACCGCGAAACCCCCUCGGAACGGAUAACAUCAUCCUCCACCGUCCCGCGGCCGUCGUCAUCGCCAGCGGAUGGAGUUUAUCGGUUCAACUGGUUUCUGUCGCUGCGCCGGAAACGCUCCUCACCGCCCCAGACGAGCACAGGAGCCGCGAGCAGCAUAAAAAAGAAUGACGGAGGAGGUGGUGGUGGCCAGACGGGGGUCAGACGGAAGGACGAUUUGUUUACAAGCGAAAACCACGGAAGUGUUUUCUACACGCUGCGCAAGCGGUUCCAGAAGAAGUUCACCUCCGUCAAGGUAAAGGCGUACGAGCCGGAUGUGGCUUCCGGUGUCACCAACAGUAGCGCCUCGGCCAGCUCCACGAACGCUGCCAACCCCCCGCUCCGCGAUUCGGACGCGGAGUUUGCCCGGAUCGUUAUCGAACGGCACACACAGAACCCGAUUCGCUUCUCGUCACCUAACGCAAACCUACCUGUGAUAAUGAAUAGAGAUACUGUACCAAAUACGGGCGCCGUACAGGGCUCCGAUAAUGCCGGCGAUCCGUCGGCGCGCGUAGACAGCCAGCAGGAGCAGGGCGAGGAAGCGGAGGGCGAGUGUCGGCCGUCGCUGGAUGAAACGAUGGAACGGAUGCGCAUCGAUCUGCUUCAGUACGGGUGGUACUGGGGCAAGCUAACCCGAUCCGCUGCCCAGAAACGACUCGCACGCCAAGUGAACGGUACGUUCCUGGUGCGCGAUUCCCAGACGGAGAAAUAUCAAUUCACAGUUAGCUUCCGUAGUUCCGGCAUUACGCUACACUGUCGUAUCGACUUUAAAAACAACUACUGGUCAUUUUCGGGUUUGACUACUCCGAGCACGUACGCAACCAUGAUCGAGUUGGUUGAGGACACGAUGAAAAAGUCCGAGUUCGGUGUGAUCGGUUACGUGAAACAGAACUCACCCCUGAUGCCACCGUUUCCGGUGCGACUGACGAAGCCGAUCAAUCGGUUUUACGAAGUGUCCACUUUGCAGCAUUUAUGUCGUUUCAUCAUACGGCAGAAAAUCGAUCCCAAGGACAUAGCCAUGCUCCCGCUGCCGGUCAAGCUGAAGCAAUACGUAGAAGAAAAUUUCUACGAUCUCUAAAGCCUCGAAGGGCUGUCGCAUCGGACUGCGGCCCGGCCGAGACGAGUAAACGCAAAAGAAAUCUCAAAAAAUGAUCAUUAACUCAUAAGUGAAUAGCAAAGAAACAAAUCCAACAUCCUAUGCUAGGGCAGGAGAGAAACAAAACGCACAACUGAUAAAGGCGCUCAUUUUAUCGCAUUUCAUUUUAAAUUUGUAUGUUCUCUCUAUAUCUCUUUCUAUCUCUUGUUGCGUUAGCAUUUUUACCCCCCAAGACUUCCUAAUAAUGAUAUAGUCCCUCCCUGACCUCCCUAGAACUAGCCGCAGGCUUAACGAUAUUUUUGACCAAGAUGUCGUCGUAUAUCGGUAAAAAACUCCUCUUUUCUUGUUAACAUUGUAUCACCAAAGAUAAAGAAGGUUGAAAGUAAGGAAACGAUUUAAUAAGCGAGCAAUGCAAACUAAAAUAAAAUCGGGACAAACGCAAAUCGAGCGCUCCUGGCU